AAGCGCUAGACAGCUUGUCUUUCUGUACAAAAACAUGUAGAUCGAUGAGUCUUGCCAGUAAAACAUCAAGCUUCUUACAUGGGGACAGUCGUGUGAUGCGCAAUGUAAGAAGCUGAAAACUGUCUCUUGGAAGAUGUGGGUAAGUAGGUGGGUAGAUAUAUAAGGGGCGUCGACGUGAGUCAAUCUUCAAUCUUCAAGAUCAUUCCUUCCUUCCACCAAAGCGAUUGAGAGUUCCGCGCAUACAUUGAAUAGUUUACUUCGAUUUCGACAUUGAGCAAAAGAUCUAUACAGAGCACACAUGGCCAUCGUCACGGUCGAAGACUUCACAACCACCAGGUUCGACUAUCUGAUCCUCGGCGGCGGCACAGCAGGUUGCGUGGUCGCUGGCCGCCUAUCCUCAGACCCCAACAUCACCGUCGGCGUCCUCGAAGCGGGGAAGUAUCUCCCUGACGACCCUUUCAUCAACACCCCCGGCCUUGUGGGCGCGUUGUUCGAGAACCCGGCGUAUGAUUGGUGUAUGUAUACCACGCCGCAGGAGAAUGCGGGAGGUGUGAGGCAUAAUAUUCCGCGGGGGAAGGCGCUGGGAGGGAGUAGUGCGAUUAAUGGGUUGAUGUAUGUGAGGGGGUCGACGCAGGAUUAUGAUAGAUGGGGGAGGAUUUUGGGGGAUGAGGGGUGGGCGGCGGAGAGUAUGAUGGGGUAUAUGCGGAAGCAUGAGACGAUGGAGGAAAUCGAUCCCAAGGUCGCAAGUCUCUCGACAAUUGCGUACGGAAAGGAACAUCAUGGUACUGAAGGCCCAGUGCGAACCAGUUUCAACGACAAUAUGCUCGACAUUGGAGAAGCGGUGAUUAAUGCGUGCAACGACGUGUUUCCCACGAAGGCUUCAGAAGAUGCAUGGUCUGGAAACCAUCUCGGCUUUUUCAACAAUCUUGGAACGAUUGCACGGUCGGGUCCACAGAAAGGGAAAAGGAGCUAUGCUGUCAACUACCUCGAUCUUGCAAACACUCGCCCGAAUUUGAAGAUUCUAUGCGAGGCGCAUGUAAACAGAGUCAUUCUGGAUGGCACGAAAGCCACAGGCGCGGAAUUCACCGUUGGCGAUCGUAAAUUACAAGUGUCAGCCGCGAAAGAAAUCAUCGUUUGCGGCGGCGCCAUACACUCUCCCCAGAUCCUCGAACUCUCUGGAAUCGGCGACCUGGAGGUCUUGAAAGCAGCUGGAGUGGAAUGUCGGGUUGUCAAUAGAGGAGUUGGAGCUAAUUUACAGGACCAUGUUGUCUCGCCGUUGGUGCACACAGUCAAGCCUGGAGUGUUCACCUUGGAUGCUUUGACUCAACGGCCAGAGGUUUUGCAGGAAGCUAUGGCCGAGCAUGCAAAGUCUGGUUCAGGUCUACUGGCUUCGGCGAUGAGUGCCCAGGGAUUCUUGUCUUUCAAGGACAUCAUGAGCAAAGACGAGUUAGAGGCCGUGACGAGUGGUAUCAAGAGCACAAAACCUGUGAGCGAGCUCCACAAACGUCAAUUGGAGCAGAUAGCAGAACAGCUGGAGGGCGAAGGGUCGGCCAGUCUGCAACUCAUCCUGUUUCCAAUGACAUGCGAUUUCGGCAAUGGUAUUCCUCAUCAGGGGAAGUUGUUUCCUCAGAACAAGCCAGAGGACCCGGCCGGUGUCACGUUCAUGAUAUGUUCUCAGUACCCCUUGAGUCGGGGUUCCGUUCAUAUUGGACCAGAUCCCACAAAACAACCAGUGAUCAAUCCCAACUACGGAGGUCAUGAGGUCGACCGCAUGAUCCUGGCAAGCGGCCUACGCUGGGUCGACAAAGUGACACAAAACACGUUCAUCAAGGACUCUCUGGCUGAGCGUACGCUUCCAUCGCCCUCCAGCGACCUGCAGAGUUUCCAAGAUUGUCUCAAUGCUGUCGAUGGAACGAUGUUUGGCGAAUACCACGCCUGUGGAAGCGUAGCCAUGGGAGAUGCAUUGGACAGCAAGCUCAGGGUGAAAGGAGUACAGAACUUGCGUGUUGCUGAUGCAAGUGUUUUCCCUGGCAAUGUUAGUGGGAAUAUCAUCAGUUCGGUCUAUGCUGUUGCUGAAAGGGCAGCGGAUUUGAUCAAACAGGAUAUGUAGACGAUGUAGGGAACUCCUGCGCAUUUACAAUCUGCCCAUUGUUUCCUACAUGAAUCUAUCGUAACCUCAAGAUUGCUCAAAGAUACAAAGUUC